GAGUUCAUCCACGCACAGAGUAGUUUUUCGAUCGGCUAGCCGUCGAAUGUCGUUAGUUACCUCUGACGCACUGGGGAAAUGAAGAGCAGAGUUGACUCAGUCAUGGAAGAUAAGUGCAGUGCUGUGCGUUUCUCCUAGCCUAGGUCGACUUAGCGGCCUACAUAUUCCUCUCGUCCUUGCUUACUCAUGUCUGGUCCGAUCUGUCAUCUGUAGCGGUCGUUGGUACUUACUCUAGCCGACCACCAGCUACCCCAUUCUUAGUUGCCCGUUUUUCAUCAUAACGCACUAUCGCCGAUGGACUGACGUGUUUUAUCCGCCUCUUCUCGUUUCACCAGCCCCGUCUGUCCCUCGCGUGCUAAUUUUCUUCUUUUCCUAAUUAAGAAAAUGCGGCCAGCCAUGCCGCCUCGACCUCCCCAGUUAACGAAGCUCCAGCAGCGGCAGAAGCGGCUGCUGAACAUAUUCACCGUCACCAUUCUCGCCUUCCUCGCGUUCGUCGUCCUCUGCGUGUUCACGCCUCUCGGUGACGGCCUAACUUCGCAAGGCGCCUCCAUGCUCAAAGCGGCAACGUCGGGAGUCCCGACGCUCGCGCCCAUGCGACCAUUCCCGCCGUGUCCCUCCAACUGGACCAACCACCUGCCGUGUUACGAUCCCAAGAUCGCCAUCCUCUACUCUCGCGAAAACAACGAGUUUCGCGAGCGGCAUUGCCCGCCGAAAUCGGAUCGGCGACGGUGCCUGGUGCCGCCUCCUCCCGGGUACCGCCGACCAAUCCCAUGGCCUGAAAGCCGCGACAGGGUGUGGUUCCUGAACGUGCCGCACACGACCAUCGCGGACAACAAGCGCAACAAGAACUGGAUGGCGCGGCAGGGCGACAAGUGGUUCUUCCCGGGCGGCGGCUCCAUGUUCCCCGACGGCGCGGACGGGUACCUCUACCACCUGCGCCAGAUCGUGGAGUUUGGGCCCGCCGUGCGCACGGCGCUGGAUAUCGGGUCAGGGGUUGCCAGCUUCGGCGCUGCGCUCUUGGACUAUGGCGUGCUGACCAUGUCCGUGGCGCCAAAGGACUCGUACCGCGCGCAGAUCCAGUUCGCCCUGGAGCGCGGGCUGCCCGCCAUGAUCGGGCUGCUCGCCACGCAACGCCUGCCCUUCCCCGCGCGCUCCUUCGACCUCAUCCACUGCUCGCGCUGCUCCGCUUCCUUUGGGGACGAGAACUCCACGCAUGUGUACGAGGUGGACCGUCUGCUCCGCCCCAACGGGUACUUCAUUCUGGCAGGGCAGCCGGUGGCGUGGCGCGGCAAGAUCGCCGAGUGGAAGCGCCUGCGCCUGCUGGGGAAGGCGCUGUGCUGGGAGCUCGUGAAGAGCGUGGGGAAUGUGGCUGUCUGGCGCAAGCUGGGGAGUGGCGCCUGCCGUGUGGGCGUGGAGGGGGACGGCAGGGAUGUGCCGCUCUGCUCGCCUGCUCUUGAUCCCGAUGAUGCCUGGUACGUGAAGCUCCAGCAGUGUGCAGUGCCCUCCGCGCCCCGCUCCUGGCCCACGCCCCCCUGGCCGCUGCGCCUGCACACGCCGUCCCCCCGCGUGCAGCUCGCCCUCCCUGCCUCCUCCAAAGCCUCCCUCUCUGACUGGCUCGCUGAGUCCUCUGAAAACGGCAAGACCUCCGCAUCCUCCUCCUCCUCUUCCUCCUCCUCUGCUUCUGGUUCUGAUUCUGCUGGUGGUGGUGGUGGUGCUGGUGCUGGUGGUGGUGGUGGGGAAGAGAGGGUGGGGUUGAACGGGGAGAGGAGAGGGGAGCGGGAGGGUGAUGGAGUGGGGGGGGGGGAAGAGGGAGGGGAGGGGGAUGACAGUGGGAACGUGGUGGGGCGAGUGGAGUUGGCAAGUGGGGGGGCAGUGAAAGUGGUGGUAGAUGGGAUACUGGCACAGGGAGGGAAGGAUGAAGACGCUGAGGAGGACCGGGAAGGCGGGGCAGGAGGAAAAGGAGGAAGGGCAGGGGGAGAGAGGGAGGACGGGGAAGGCAGCGACAAGCCCCAGCGCCGACUGCUCUCAGCAGAGGAGGAAGAAGACGGAGCAGGAGGAGCAGGAGGGGGAGACACAGAGCAGUUCAAGCUGCUGUCACUGGAGCGUAAGCGCUGGCGCAGGCGCCUGCACCACUACCAGAAGCACUUCCUGGGGCCGUUGCUGGCCUCUGGGCGCGUGCGGAACGUGCUGGAUAUGAAUGCAGGGAUCGGAGGACUGGCUGCUGCUCUGGAGGAUGAGCAGCGCAAGGCGGAGAGGGAGAGAGCCAGGGAGAGGGAGAUGGGGCGGGAGAGGGGGCGGGAGCUGCAGCAGCAGGAGGGGCAGCAGCAGGGAGUGGGGGGGGUGUUGCCGGUAUGGGUGAUGAAUGUGGUACCGAGUACAGGGCCCAACACUCUGCCGGCUAUCUACGACCGUGGACUGCUAGGCACUGUGCACGACUGGUGUGAGGCGUUCUCGUCGUACCCCCGCACCUAUGAUCUCAUUCACCUGCAGUCCACUGCUGCUCUCAUGCCCUCCAGGGAGCGCUGUGAGGUAGCCGACAUCAUUGUGGAGAUGGACCGCCUGCUGCGCCCCGGGGGCACUGUCAUAGUGCGUGACCAGCCCGGGCCGCUCGCAGUAGUGGCUCAGGCCGCCAGAGCCGCCCAGUGGUCUCUCGCCUUCUUCCCCCCCGAGACAAAGAAGGGCCCAGAGCGCAUUCUCGUUGCCACCAAGCCCAUGCCACCUGGGUUUGAGGAUACAGAUGAUGGGGCGAUGGUGGGGGAGAGCGAUGGGCAAGGAGGGAUGGAUGGGGGUGAGAGGGUGGAAGGGGGAGGAGAGGGUGGUGAUGUUGGUGAUGGCGGGGAGGGUGGUGGGGGGAGGAGUGGGGCUGGCGAGGGGGGACCAGGUGGGGGGAGGCCAUUUGAGGGGAGAUCGGGUAUGGCACAUGCAGCAGCAGCUGCUGCAGCAGCAGCCAUUGAUGCCAAGGCUGGUAGGCCUGGUAAUCGCUAGAUUUAGGGCUCGCUGGAGAGUCAUUGCCUUCAAAAUGUAGUCUUCCUGGAAGUUAUCGUAGGAUUGGGUUGAGGGGUGUGCCUUCGGAUGGUGCCUUACUCCAUAGUGGAGGGUACAGGUCCACUGCCUUUCACAAAGCCGUGUACUUGCAGCACAAGCAAUUGGUAAUAACAUAUACUCUUGUAAUUGUAAUAUUCACUUUUGGAGUGAUGAGAAGGUCCCUUCGGGUCUAGUGAAAGGGGUAUCAUCCAGUGUCGGUUCUUUCGAGUCGGACAUCACCACCACUCUUAAAACAAUGGAGAACCCUGUGGAAACAGUGUGAGGUGCCGUCAUUACGUUUCACCUUAGCUUUUUUAAUGAAUGCUUAUGAGUACAUUUUCAGGAACGAUCUGAGCCCACCUUUGAGCCCGCGCGAGGAUACCAGACUCUCUGUUGAAGAUGUGGACCCGUCUGUGCCAACUCCUGGUCAUGCGAAGCCUCCAAAGUUUUCCAACCGAAUAUCAGAACGGCAGGUUUUUAUGACAGUUUGUACUGUGCUAUCAGUCAUAACAGCAAUAUCAGCUGUUGCCUGUGCCGUGGUCAAUGGCAUUUCGACGGUCGUCAGCGCAAUUCCUCCUGGAGUGAAUGUACGUGUCCACAGUACCUUCGGAUUUCAUGAACACCAGCAAGCUGCUUCAUUUUACUGCGCCAACUUCAGGUUUUCCUUGUUCUUUUGCAAGCAUAUGGGAUUGUGUUGUCAGUGGUCUCUGCGUUGUUGGAAGCGGAACUGGACGUAAUCACUAAGUCCAUGGAGGUAAGCAAGGCAGAAGAGGGCCCCUUCAAAGCUACUGCAACGAACAAAAACUCAACGCCUAUCUUUUCAGAUCCUGAAGUUCUGGCCAUCAAGGGGAAUGCUGCAAGCAUUGUAAGUCUUCGUUAAACCGAACGUACUGACUCAACUAUUCGUGCCAACCUGAACGCCACUGCGAUUGGCAGUGUGGCAAUUCUGACGAAGGCCGUAACAAGGACCUGCAGCAAGUCAAUCUUUGAAAAGAUCUUUGACAAUGGAGCAAUAUGGGUCCUCCUUGUUUGUGGAAUGAUCCAUUUCUGCGGGGUACGUGAAGUUCCUCACCAAGCAUCCGCCAAUGGCUCAUUUACAGAUUCAUUCUCAUGCUCCAAUGGCAGGGGAUAGUGUGUGUUGGGCAACUGAAGAAGGACAUCCAGAAACAGAAUGAGAAAAAGGAAGAGGCAAAGAAGGAAAUAGAGGUACGUGCGAAUGAUCCAGACCCGCAUAUCCCAUCAUUCAGCCUUUUGCUUACGCUUAUCACCCGCAGGACCUGGAAUCAAGGAGGAGAAAGCUCGAGCAUGAUCUUGCAUGCUAUGAUUGAGGGCUGAUGGGAUGGGGGAGGUGAUGACCCAAGUUCAAGAGAUUGAUUACCGGUAAUGGUUGGGUAAGGCAAGAUGUGGAAUAAUAAUGUAUCGAAGCAUGCCAAAUGGUCACUGAUUGUUAAAUUAUAGUAUAUAAUUGUAGGCUUGGUAUGCUUACUGAACUUUACUG